AUGGCGCGUCGUGUUGGCGCCUGGCGCUGCGGGCCAAUUCAGUCAGACUCCUCAAUUCCCCAGCGCCCGCGUGCAAAGACUCUUUCAUUUCGUCUUCAGAUUCAGCAAAGUUUGACAAACUUGAAGGAAGUUGAGUUUCUCGGUAUGACAGAACUUGUGGAGUUGGUUGGGGGAGCUAACUGCCAUCUAUUCUCGGGGCUUGAAAAAAUAAGAAAGGUUGACAAUUCAGGAUGCAUCAUGCUUCUCAUUUAUGGAUCUUCAAAAGCUACAUUCCCUAAGACAUAUAGAGCUCUUUCUAGUUUGGAUGUCAGCGCAUCAUCAGAUGAGGAUCAUGAGGAGGUGGUACUGCAGUUUCCACCCUCCAGCUCGCUGAGAAAUGUCCGCUUCUGUGGGUGUAAGAAUCUGAUCCUGCCUGUGGAGGAAGAGGGAGGACUUGGAUUCUGUGGCAUCUCGUCGCUUGAGUCCGUGGCCAUAAUAAAUUGUAACAAGCUAUUCUCUCGGUGGCCCAUGGGAGGAGGAGGAGCUCAGACUCAGAGCAUCAUCUACCCUCUCCCCCCUUCCCUCAAGGAACUCUGUCUUGGGGGUGAGCAAAGCACGCUGCCGAUGGCUCUGCUCGCGAAUCUCACAUCUCUUACCAGUCUACAACUAGUUAAUUGCAAGGAUAUCAUAGUGGAUGGGUUUGUUUCUCUCAUCACAAUCAACCUCAAGCGUUUGAGGCUGAGCCCUAUUCUGUAG